GUGCGGCCGGGUUGCUAGAGGCAGAGCUGGGCGGUGGCGGCCGUCGCGCUGCUCCUAGUCGAGGCUCCCGGAUCCAGGAGGCGGUGGCGCAAUGGAGGGACUGGAAGAAAAUGGAAGUGUCCAAGUUGGAGAAUUGUUACCUUGCAAGAUUUGUGGAAGAACAUUCUUCCCAGUGGCAUUAAAAAAACAUGGACCCAUUUGCCAGAAAACUGCCACUAAAAAACGCAAGACUUUUGAUUCAAGCAGACAAAGAGCUGAAGGAACUGAUAUUCCAACAGUAAAACCGCUUAAACCCAGGCCUGAACCACCAAAGAAACCAUCCAAUUGGAGAAGAAAACAUGAAGAAUUUAUUGCCACCAUAAGAGCAGCUAAAGGCCUUGAUCAGGCACUUAAAGAGGGUGGUAAACUUCCUCCUCCUCCUCCUCCAUCUUACGAUCCAGAUUAUAUUCAGUGCCCAUAUUGCCAGAGGAGAUUUAAUGAAAAUGCAGCUGACAGACAUAUAAACUUCUGUAAAGAACAGGCAGCACGAAUUAGUAAUAAAAGCAAAUUUUCUGCUGAUGUCAAAGGCAAACCAGCUCCUCGGACUCAGUAUAAACCACCUGCAAUUAAAAAGUCAAAUUCUCCUGGAACUGCCUUAUCAGGAUCUUCACGGUUGCCACAGCCAAGUAGCAGUAACAAAAGUGUUGUAGGUAUGUCUUCAGGUAAAGUCUCUACAGUCAGCAGCUCUUUGGGAAACAAACAUCAGAACAUAUCUCCCUCCCAUAAGGGCAUAGCACCUCCUCAGGCAGCAGGUAAGAUGGACAAGUUAGGCCCUCCACUUCGAACUGGAAGACAUGUGCAAAGGUUGUAUGACAGUGACACAAAAUCAGGCAGUACCAUCAAAAGACAUGAGUUAUUACCCAUUUACAAGUCCAACAUUAAACCUCGAAAUUCCACACCACCUAGUCUGGCGCGAAGUGCUCUCUCGGGUGUACUUACGAACAAAAGGAAACUGUGUCCUGACAGCUGUAUAGCCAGGCCAGAUGGAGACUAUGUAUCUUCACUUAAUGGUGGACAUAUUAAAGGAAUUGAAGGAAAUUCUUCUGGACAUUUACCAAAAUUCUGCCAUGAGUGUGGAACUAAAUACCCUGUGGAAUGGGCAAAGUUUUGUUGUGAAUGUGGCAUUCGACGAAUGAUUCUGUGAGCAGAAUCAUAAAAGAUGAAGAGCUAAUCCAGAGCUUUGGCUAUUGCAGCAUGGACAGCUGGAACACUUUCUGUAGUUAUUCUAAAAUUACGCAGAAUACUUUUUUCCAGCAGUUUUUGUAGCAUAAUCAUUUGGCUACAUAAUAUUAUAUGUAUAUAUGUGUACAUAUGCUGUAUAUAAUAAAUACAUGAUACCCCAAGCUGCAA